AUGAUUAUGAGAAUUGUGUCUCAACACCGAUGGUGCCUUUCCUGCUCGACAAACCUUAGAUCAACAAGUGGUCUCAUUCGAAAUUCAAGUGGCAAUUGCUUGGCGGCCUUCUGCAGAUUCCUUGGUCAUACUACGGUCCUGGAAGCGGAGCUUUGGGGCGUCCUCGAAGGUCUCCAAGUUGUUUGGCAAAACGACUUUGAAAAGAUUAUUGUUCAAAUCGGUAGUAGUGAAGCUCUCCAACUACUUCCCCCUUCCACCGACAGCCCCUUUGCCUUGGUCCGCUCCAUUGUCUCUCCCUAUUCUAAGCCUUGGUGCAUAGAGUUCCAAAAUAUCCUUCACGAAGCGAAUGUUGCAUCUGAUUACAUCGCUAAGAUGCCUGCUCCCACGGAUGGCUCCUGCUUUAUUUUUUAUUCUUUUCCAACUAAUUUAUUAGCUAUUUUUCAUAAAGAUACUAACGGUCCUCCUUAUUCCCGUAUGAAACAUUAA